AUGUGUAAAAACGCAGAAUAUGGAGCGAUUUGUGUUGAAGACAAUGGUGAACAAGCUGAGAAAAACAAGCUAAAAAGUGAAUGUCUAAAACAAAAGGAAAUUGAAUGUCUACAACGCGAAAAAUGCAUACUUGAAAAAUUGGUAACGGAAUUAGAGAAUGCAUCACAAUUGCAGAAAUUUAAAAUUGAUGUGUACGAAAAGGAGCUGAAUGAGACAAAAACGUCAUCGAGUAAUAGUGGAAUGUUGCAAAAAACUGCUUCAGCAGAAUCGUACAGCCAAGUGUUAAAAAAGCCAUUGUAUACCAACAAUGACUCAUCUGUGUUGCUGGUAAAAUCUUCUGAAAGAAAUUCUGAGGAUAUUUUCAAAAGAAUGGCUCAAGUAGUAAACCCUGCCAAUUUGGAAGUCUAUAUAAAUAGUACAAGGAAGAUAAAGAAUGGAGUUGCCGUCAUUUGCAAAAAAAAAUCAAAUUUGGACAAAUUCAAAAACGUUCUACAAACCCAGUUAGGAGACGAAUACGUUGUCGAUGAGGCAAAAAAACAUAAACCACGCAUUCGUGUGAAGAAUGUUGAAAUAACAGAGGAUCUAAACAGUAACGAUCAAAUAAUAGGUAGACUAUUUUGUCAAAACAACUUGGAUACCUUCAAUUCUUCGGAUAUAAAAGUGAUCACCAAAUUAAAAAUGCGGAAUGGCUGUGACCUCAUCUUAGAGGUUUCUCCGGAGGUCCGGAAAAAGUAA